AUGGCCGUGCUGGAGCAGAAGGUGGAGACCAGACGCACGUACAUCAUGACGCGAGAGGGCGCACAGGUCGUGGCAGAAUUCACCGAGUUGAAUCCGAAUCAGCUGAUGGAGUACGCGAUGGAGCAAAUUCAGCUUCCGCCGCAAAUACAAGCGCAAAUAGACGCACGGCCCUACAAAAACCCCAACGAAAUGCUGGAGUGGGCGAUGCAGGAGAUUCAGCUUCCGCCGCAGUUGGAAGACCACCUGCAGUGUAGUGGCGUUGUGAAACUGAGGGAAAUGAGUGUACAAGAAAGACAUUACAACUCGGUGAUUCGCAAUGCGGUGUAG